ACCAAACACAACAGCACAAGAAUUAAGAAUGGCGACACAAUUACCACCCCCGUCAAAACGACAGAAGACUGCGGCCGCUGCAAAGGCUCGCGAGCAGUUCGAGCCUGAGCAGAUGCCCGAUGGCAUCCAGCGCAUUCAGUUCAUCGAUGCCGAUUCGGGCGAGUCUCAAGGGCCCGUCGUGACGGUACCGCUGUCAGAGUUGUCGCCCAAGAAUCUGUCCCUAUUGCUCAACACCCUCCUCGGUCGCGAAGAUGCCGGCGAGCGCCUCCCUUAUCGCUUCUACAACCCUCUCGGCACAGGCGACUUUGACCAACAAGCCAUCAUCUCAGCCUUCCUGUCCGGCGACUCGACGACCGAAGUCCAGCUCAACAUCCCUUGUCGCGCAGAAGCCGUGUUCCGUAUAAAAGCCGUGACGAGAUGCUCGGCAGCAAUCAGUGGUCACGGCGAGGCUAUUCUCGCAGCACAAUUCUCGCCCUCGACAUCCUCGCGAUUGGCUACUGGUAGCGGCGACAAGACUGCCCGUGUUUGGGAUUGCGAUACUGGUACACCUAUGCAUACUCUCACUGGACACACAGGAUGGGUCUUGACCGUCAGCUAUUCACCCAACGGUGCAAUGCUGGCCACAGGAAGCAUGGAUAACACAGUCCGCUUGUGGGACGCUCAGACUGGUAAGCCUCUGGGUGGACCCAUGAAGGGUCACACCAAGUGGGUAACAUCUCUAUCAUGGGAGCCAUACCACAUGCAGCAAGCUGGAAGACCUCGCAUCGCAUCUGCCUCAAAAGACGCUACUGUUCGUAUCUGGGACGCUACCAGCAAGCGCGCCGAUCUGGCUUUGACUGGCCACAAGAGCAAUGUUUCAUGCGUGCGCUGGGGAGGUGCUGGUCUCAUCUAUACCGCCUCGCACGACAAGACUAUCAAGGUCUGGUCUGCCGAAACUGGCUCGCUCGUUCACACCCUCAACUCGCACGCCCAUUGGGUCAACCACCUUGCCCUCUCCACCGACUUCGCACUCCGCACCGCUUUCUACGAUCAUACUGGCAAGAAGGGCGUCCCGGUCACAGAGGAAGAGAAGCGCACGAAAGCGAAAGAACGUUACGAGGCUGCUGCCGGCGUCAACAACCAUAAGAAUGGCGGACAAGCGGUUGAGAGACUGGUGUCGGCCAGUGAUGAUUGCACAAUCUAUCUCUGGACGCCCAUGACUUCAACAAAACCUGUGACUCGUCUACUGGGUCAUCAAAAACAAGUCAACCAUGUCACAUUUUCUCCUGAUGGUACCCUUCUCGCCUCUGCUGGAUUCGACAACCUUAUCAAGCUCUGGAAUGCCGCUGAUGGUACUUUCCUCUUCACACUCAAGGGCCACGUUGGACCUGUAUACCAAGUCGCUUUCAGUGCCGACAGCAGAUUGCUUGUUAGCGGUAGCAAGGAUACAACCCUCAAGGUCUGGGACGUCAAGACUGGCAAGCUCAAGGAGGAUUUGCCCGGUCAUAAAGACCAGGUCUUUGCUGUAGACUGGAGUCCUGAUGGUGACAGAGUUGGCAGUGGAGGUCAGGACAAGCAAGUCCGUGUCUGGAGAAAUUAAUCGAGAUUUUGAUACCCCCUUUAUACGAAUUUCACUUCUUCCGCAUACAAGUGCGUUCUACCAAAAUUUGAUUUCGAAGAGGAAGUCCGGUCUCUUGUCUCCCAUCAUUCUGAUCUCGGCCUCGUCCUUGCCUUCGACCCAGUGGUCGCGCUUGCCAGCCCGUCUCUUUUUGUUCUCGGCUUCCAGUAAGAAGUGUGUUGCUACACUGCCGCAGAACAAGAACAAUGUCAAGUAAGCAAGGACCACACCAUGGCCGAGGUAAUACUUCGGCUUGUCCUUUGCUCUGUAGAUGUUUGAGCUC